CGACUUUUUUUUUGCUCGAUUAGAUUCUUCAUCAGCAGUUGCGCAUUGUUUUGGUGGUUCUUAGCACCUCACUUCACUGCAUUCAUUCAAUUUAUUCUCAGAAAAGCUGAAAAUGUGACAGCGAAAAUAAAGAGGUAGAUACACGCAGUUAAAGUUAUACAGUUGGCCUUCUAGAACUCAAUUUAUCGUCCAUGUUUAUGUCUGCUCAUCUACCAUUGAGGCUUUUGUUCAACCCUUCCACCUCAAAUAAACCAGGAGCAUCAUCCCUGCCCCAUGAGCAGCGAGCUGGGCUUUUUGCCUGCCAUGUACUCAUUCCCUGGCUUAAUCAAUGUCCCUGAAAUGGGGAUCAAUAUUGGCCCUGCAAAUACCCGUCAACACCUGCCAGGAGUGUCGCCCCCAAGCACGAGUUGGGAGAGAAGAUGCCUGAGAAAGCACAGGAGGAGAACAGAUGAUGAAGGAUGCAGUGCCAAAAAGAGGAGGCUGAUGGGAGAUGCAGGAUGCGAUCCUUUGGAUGACCUCAGCCAUAAUGUGUGUCAGAUCUGGCCACCAGGCAACAAUGUCCCCCCUCUACCUGAAUCAGCCAGCCAAGCACCUCCCAAGCACUGCCUGGGGACUCAGAACCUGGGGCUGCCCAUAUCCAGGUCUCCCUCCCGUCUGGUCCGUCCAGAAGCAGAAGGCUCCUGCAUCGAGGUGGAGUCUGCUCAUAGAAGACUGCAGGAGAUUGAGGAAAGGAUCAGUCUGGAGGAUGAUGAUGAUGACCUGGAUGUGGAGCCAGCACCCAGGCGGCCAGUGCUGGUGAUGUCUGACAGUCUGAGGGAGGGGCUUCAGCGUGGCAUCAGUGACAUUCUCCCCCACACUGUGGCCCAGUCUGUGAGCCACUCCUGUAUGGAGCUGGUAGUAUGGCGCCUCCCAGAGGAUGCGCUGUCUCGAAAGCUGAAAGACUCCCUGCAGAGGAAGCAGCAGACUACCAGCAGGCAGCCGCUGACCCCCAGUGCCCCUACCACUCAGAUGCCCCUCACCCCCACAAGCCCCUCAGGGGAGACGUACUCCCCUCUGUACUGCAGCCCAGGGGCCGGGGCCCACAGCUCUGGAGAGGAGGACAUGGAGCUGUAGGGCUUUUGAGACCCAGCAUCAGGAAUGCCCAGAGUAGCUACAGGUCUCAGCCUUGGUUCAUUUGGUUGGACCCUCAGAGAAGCCAAGGAGAGACAGAAAAAACUGCAUAGACAGAUCCAAAACUUCACAGUGAUAUGAACGUCUGCUUUGGAUCAAGACCAGGCUGUUGGCAGCAUGGCACAUGUAUACCACUUGGCCAAAAGAGGGCAAGUACCCACUUUCUUUGUGUUACAGUCAGAUAAUACUGGAUGUAAAUAGCAACUGCCUCUAAAAAAACAACUUCUCAUUUAGAAAACAGCCCUAUGUGUCAUCAAUAUGAGUCAGAAACAUGUAUUCUACUGUCAAAAUUGACUACAAAGUGUAAAUAAACUCAGUCUCAUCAAAAAUAGACUGGUCGUGACUGCAUCACAACGUAAAUGAAUGUUGGGUUUGUUGUCGUUUUUUCUUCUUACCCAGAGUGGGAAGAACUCAUGGAUAGAAUUUUUAUGUCUGCGUGCAGUUUGGAGAUGAUGGAAGUUAGCAUGUCGUUAUCUUUUUUUUCUGGAAGUCUCCAGGUCAGAGUAUGUGAGCGGAGCCUUCUCGCUCCAAUAGCGCUCACUUCACGAGCUCAGGAUAUGCCUGGCCCAGCAUGCAUUUGUAGGCUACUUGUGUGCGGCUAUAUACCCUUGCUUUAGCUACUGUCAUGGAGUUCACUAAAUCAUUUCAUAAAGAAACUGAUAAAACACACAGGUGCAAAAUCAAGGUGACUUACAAAGAUGAGGAGCAGGAAAGGGAGUGCAGUGAUGUAGUGUCCUCAACUAAAGAAUCAUUGUGGAAUCUGAAAAGACACGUAUCCCAAAAGCAUGAUGGUGUACUUACUAUGUGCACAUGCUAACAGAAAGGAACGAGGUGGGUAGCUGGCAAAGUGUGUCAUUGUAGAAAAGUAUUUAUAAACCAAAAAUCUGAUCUCUUAAAUGUUUUAAUUUUUUAUUUAUUUAUCUAUACAAUAGGCCAUCGUUGAUUUUGGUCCAAUAGGCCUGGCAUAUUCCCACUUUCAAGGAGCUUUCUGUUUUGACUGGGUUAUUUUGCCUGAACCUUUAGGUCUACCUAUAUAUAAAAAAUAAAAAAUACAUCUCUGCCCAGCCUGGCAAGAGUGGCCAAAAGGGUGUUUAGCAUCCCAGUGGCUGUGCAACCGCGGAGAGGAUAUUCUCCGCUGCUGGCCUGCUCUCCAGGCACUAUCGCAUGAGCCUGAAGCCACAAACUGGCCAAUCUCUUGUUUCUAAAAAUGAAUCCAAAGGCACUGAGUCAAAUAAGGCAUUUUUCAUUUAAUUUGUAUUUAAUUCUAAAGUAAGUCACAGCCUAUAUGCACAAAUUAAUGGCUAUAAUAAUGAAAUACUGAGCGCUUUAUGUCCCUACCAGCCUAGUGUUGCACUCGCAAAUGCUUCACAAUGUAUUUCUUUGUAGGCUAUAGCCUUGAAAUAAUACAAAUAAUAUAGGAGUGCCAGAGCGACUGCACACCUCAGCUCACAUAUUCUGCUCCAGGUAGUACAGUAGCCAGCUCCUCACAACAGCAGGGAAAUAGACCUUCUAACUACUCUAAAGUUGGGUGAUGUUGGUCAUUUUCAGUGCCUUCAGAAAUUAUUCACACCCCUUGACUUUUUACACAUUUUAUUGUGAUAUAGCCUGAAUUGAAAAUGGAUUAAAUUGAGAUUUUGUAUCACUGGCCUACACAUAAUACCCUACCUAUCAUGUCAAAGUGGAAUUAUAUAUAUAUAUUUUUUAAACUUUUACAAAUUAUUUCAAAAAUUCUAAGCUGAGUCAAUAAGUAUUCAACCGCUUGGUUAUGGAUAGCCUAAAUAAAUUCAAGAGUAAAAUGUCACAUAAUAAGUUGCAUGGACUCUGUGUAAUCAUAGUGUUUACAUCAUUUUUGAAUGACUACGUAAUUUCUGUACCCCACUCAUAGAAUUAUCUGUAAGGUCCCUCAGUCGUGCAGUGAAUUUCAAACAAAGAUUCUAGUGAAGGGCACCUAUUGGUAGAUUGGUAAAAAAUGAAAAAGCUGACAUUGAAUAUCCCUUUGAGCAUGGUGAAGUUAUUCAUUACACUUUGGAUGGUGUAUCAAUACCAAAACGAUACAGGGGUCCUUCCUAACUCAGGUUCUGGAUAGGAAGGAAACCACUCAGGGAUUUCACCAUGAGGCCAAUGGUGAUUUUAAAACAGUUUAAUGGCUGUGAUAGGAGAAAACUGAGGAUGGAUCAACAGCAUUGUAGUUACUCCACAAUACUAACCUAAAUGGCAGAGUUAAAGGAAGGAAGCCUGUACACAACACACAUAUUCCAAAAUGUGCAUCCUGUUUGCAAUAAAGCACUAAAGUAAAACUGCAACAAAAAAAAUGUGGCAAAGAAAUGAACAUUAUAUCCUGAAUACAAAGUGUUAUGUUUGGGGCAAAUCCUCUUUAGGUUGUUCCUCUUACCACUCUUUUCAAGCAUGGUGGUGGCUGCAUCAUGUUAUGGGAAUGCUUGUCAUCGGCAAUGACUAGGGAUUUUCUUUAGGAUAAAAGAAACGGAAUAGAGCAAAGCAAAACAUGUUUUCACUUUGUCAUUAUGGGGUAUUGUGUGUAGAUGGGUGAGGAACUGUUGAAGGAUUUUUAUCAAUAAUGACUAAAUAAUGUAUACAAUUGGUGAAGAGUUAUAACUUACAGAUUUAUAUGCUGUCUGUGGAAGAAUAUGUUGGUACAUAGGCCAAGAGGAAGGGUCAACAGACAACUCGUGAAUCCAGCAAACUAACAACAGGAAAUAUGUCUGGUCCCCAACCAGGGAGGGGAGAAACCGUUGGGCGUGCAGUAGAUUGUGUAACAUAUGGUAACAUAAGAUAAGCAAUGUGUAUGUGUUGGAAUGGAAUUGAAAAGCAGCUUUGUCAUUGUCUUAGAGGAGGAGGGACAUUUAUGAUGAAAUGCGAGGUAUAUAAACCAAUGUACAUGAAAUGAUGGGUAGAGCUCUCGGGAAUAAACGCUAUUGAUUAAUAUUGA